GUCACUCGCGUGAGACGGCAGUGCUUUGCUUGGGCGCUUUUAGUUUAGUUUAGUUUAGUUUUCCCGGAUUGUGUGGUUCGUCCGAAAUUUCUCUGGAGUUUUUCUUCAUUCGCAGGUGAUACAGAAUGACGUUGCAGUGGACUGCGGUUGCAUCGUUCUUGUAUGUGGAGAUCGGUGUCCUCGUCAUCUUAUGUCUGCCCUUCAUCUCCGCUCAAAGAUGGCAGAGUAUUUUCAAAUGGAGCAUCUGGAACCGUCUUUCCCAGUUCUGGAACAAGGGCUUUCUCACCAUGAUCAUAAUCCUCAUCGUUCUCUUUCUUGACGCCCUGCGGGAGGUGAGGAAGUACUCAAAUGCUGACCAGAGCAAAGAUGCCAAACUGCAACCCAACAUGUUUGACCACAUGCACAUGAAGCUCUUCCGAGCCCAGAGGAACCUCUACAUCUCUGGUUUCUCGCUCUUCCUGUGGCUUGUCAUGAGGAGGGUCAUCACUCUGAUUAACCAGCUGGCCACGGCUGUGAGCACCAGCAUCGCUCUGCAGACUCAGGCUGACAGCGCCAAUAAAGCUGCCAAGAAAUACAUGGAGGACAAUGAGAUGCUCAAACAGGCACUUACAGACGGUAAAGGAGAAGGAGGGAAGACGCAGGAUCCAGAAGUGAACAAAGCGCUGAAGAGAGAUGUGCAGAGACUGACGGAGGAGCUGAAGAGCAGCACAGAUGCUCUGAAAAAGUCCCAUUCAGAUUUGGACGCCAUGAAGAAACAAUCUGAAAGUCUGACCAAAGAAUAUGACCGUCUCCUUCAAGAGCACCAGCAGCUUCAGAAUCAGCUGGACAGUGGAGACAAAAAGGUGAACUAGGAAAGUGGACGCAUUGGAAACCUGUACGUUAUUGCACAAUAAUCACGAAUAUGCUCGGUUCCUCUCACAUGCACUCACCUGGUAGCAUGACAUGCAAACUGUUAUGAGCUCUCAGUUCAUGACAUCACAUCCUGUCAGGUUUCCAGCUCACCACACAUCUGAUGUGAUCCCUCUAGUUUCGAUGUUGCAGCGGUGCAGUGCUGUAUUUUGAGAUUGCUGCAUAAUGUAAAAAGUGACUGAUGUUUGCACGUCGCAUUCUGAUAUCCCUCAUGUUGCUUUCCUCCUCCUCUGCUCGGUUCUCUCCCUUAUUUUGUUUAAAAGUGCAUAUCACACCUGGUUAUUCAUGCAACAUCCAGAAACAUGCAAACACGAGUCAACCAUAGUACUUGUCCACAGCAAUAUUUCCAUUCAUAUUUUCCAAAGACAUAAUGCAAGCCUAUCUAAGGUGACAUACAUUACAGGCUCCUUUAGUCAUUUGAUCAACUUUAAUUAAGAAGAAUAAAACCGUAUACACAUAAACAACAGGUAAGAAGUAAACACAUCACAAUGAGAGCAUGUAUUUCCUGGCUGAGCGAACAGUCUGUUAGUGAGCGGUUAGUGUUUGUCCUCGAGUCUGGAGAGGUAGGUCAAUUACACCUGAGUUCAAACGCUGUUAGCUGUUGAAUAAAUGCUGAAAUGUGAAAGAUUUCACAGUCCGAUAGAGAGAAGUGAUCAUUUUUUUUAAUUUUGAGUCCAUUUGAGGUAGAUGGUUUUGUGCUAUCGAUGCUUAAAAACAAAACAUGUCCAGGCCAUAUUUCACCCCAUUAAAAAAAAAAAAAAAGAUUCUAUUACAAACAAUAUUGUUUUUUUUAGAAUGUUUUAUUACUAAUAAGCACAUUUUUAUGCAAACUUUUUUUUUUCAGAAUUGCGAGAUAUAAACUUAGAAAAAAAGUCAGAAUUACUAUAUAUAAACAAUUGUGAGAACUCGCAAUUAACUUUAAUUUUGUUUCAUUUUUUAGUCCAUUGCAGAAGCAAACAAACAAAAACAAAUGUGAGAAAUAGAGUUCAAAUAUAUAAACUUUUCAAUUUGUAUUUAGUAAUUCCUAUUUAUAUUAUAUAUAUUUCCUAACAUUGAGUUUAGGUUUUAUUUUCUAUUUAAUUUUUUUCACGGAAUUACUAGAAAAACAUUGCAAUUAAUUACAAUGUUUUUCUAGAAUAGUCAAAGCAUAAUGUAUUUACAAAAUGUACACUGAAGAGAAUUAUUAAUUUUCUUUAUUGGAAAAUAUAGCUUGACCUGGACAUGUUUUGAGGAGAUUCACUCUGUUAUUAGAUGAGGGCUGGCUAUUUUAUGUCACUGUUUGCUUAUUCUAGUCACUAAAAUUUUACUAUUAAAACUAUGUAGACUUGUGUAAAGAUUAAAAGUCUGAUUAUUAUCCUCUGCUGUAAUACACGGCUGAAUCAGAUUUCUGUCAUAAGAUUAUAAUUGUUUUUUUCAUUUACUAAGAAUAAGCCGUCACCCACCGUGUGGGUGUUGAAAAUCGUGCUGUCUGUACAUGCGUCUAUGAUGCACGAGGCUACCACGCUCACUUCCUCUCUCUCAGACGCAGGAAAAAUGAGGAGAAAACCCAAAAUGUUCUUAGUUGUCAUUGCUAUGCAAGCUUGUUUGGUCGGCUGAUUCCCUAAGGAUGGAAAACAGUCUGAAAUGUCUUUAUAAGGGGAUUGUUUAUGCUAUAUCGUUAUCUUCCUGUCAAAUGUGGUCGAAUAUGCAAUUUUAUGAAUGCUAUGGGUGUAGAAAUCACCUGUCUAAGUGCCUUGUUUCCGUUCUGCUGUGAUUGUAUAUGCUAUUUUCACGAUUAAAGCGACUGAUUGUAA